GGGAAUAAUAAGUAACUGUCCAAAGUACGUAUUAUAGGCAAACUUUAUACUUAAGCUAGGGUUGUUGUAAUUUGUAAGUGAUCAUAUUUAUAGAAACAUGAAAUAGGUAACCUAUUUGAGUAUGUGAAAAAAAAUUAUCCCACAUCAGAAAAGUAACUUAAAAGGAAUUUGAUAAUUCCGAUCACGUUGCCAGUUGAUUUUGGGAUGAAACCUUCAAAUAUUCAUAAAGUUGUGUUGAGGCAUCGUGAGACUUGAGUACAAUCAAAUAAGUCAAUUGCUUGAUCCGUUUGCUCUUCAUAUGAAGUUUGUCCUAUUAGUUAGACGAGGGGCCAAAUAGACUCGUGACUCAUAUUAAUAAUUAAUAAGAAUGUUACUUGUUACACUCAAAUGCAUAUGACUAAAAUAAUUUGAUCUUACUGAUACGAAGAAAUAUAUGUAGCAAGUACAUGAACGGUUCUGAUAAAAAAUAAUUAGAUAAGCAACUUAUGUGCUUCAAGGUUAUGAGAUAAUUGUCAAGCCGGCCAGCCAAAAGACAAGGAAUUUAGCCUGGUAAUGUCCUCAUAUUGUGUAUUUCGUUUUCAGCUAUUUGUUUACGUCUGACUUCUCUCACAUCUGUAAUCAAACUUUGAAAACAACCCGCCCUAACCCAUUUAAUUAUAAAUUAACCCAAACCAACCCUACCGACACCUGUCUUUGUCGUCGACUGCUCUUAGCAAACCGACCCUUGAAUAAUCAGGGACUCUUAUAGAUAAUCAUAAUCCUUACCUCAAAUAAUAUAUCAGGCCAAAUUAGUAAGGGCAUAUUUUAGAUUCAGGUUUUUAUCAUAAAUAGUCUCUGAAAUUGACGAUCAUCAUCAAGAUGAUCCUUAAAAUUGAAAAUCAAUUAAUGUAGUUCCUGAAAAUAGGUGUCACAAAUCAAUGUAGUUCUUCCAUCACAAUUUUGUUAAGUGCUGAUGUGGCACAUAAAUGAGUCUCAUAAGUCAUUUUUUCUCAUAAAUGAUCAUUGAAAUUGACCCGCGACAUGAAAAUGGUAUCUAAAAUUGACCUGCGACAUCAAAAUGGUUCCUAAAAUUGAAAAUCGAUCAAUGUAGUCCCGCAAGUAAAUGUCCCAAAUCAAUGUAGCAUUUCCAUUACAAUUCUGUCAAAUAUUUUGUUAAGUGCUGAUGUGACACAUAAAUGAAACACACAAGUCUAAUUAAAUUUAAAAAAUUACAAAUAAGUUUAAUAAUUUAACAGUUAAUAAAAAUUUGUGAAUCCAAAAAUCCAAAAAAAAGGUGUGGUUAUCCUCAGAACGACCUUAUCAUGAAACAUGUAUGGAUUAUAAACGUCAUGAAAGCAUCUUAUUACUUUUCAAGAAAAUGGAAAACAAAUGGCGGACAAAUGGUGGGAUUCCAUUGAUCAAAUGUAGCUGUUGAUGAAAUGAGAAGGCAAGGAAUAGUGAACUUUGUCCUGGUUGAAGCAAUCCAUAUGGAAUAAUGGAUGUCAUUAAUAGACCAUUAAUCAUAACAAUGGAAGAAGAUAUUCGUCAGGGCUAUCUUAUUAGGAGAAAAGAGCAGGGAUCGCAUGAAAUUGAAUGAGAUAAAAUACAAUAAGGUCUUAUGAGAGGAGAGGGUAUUCUUAUACAAAUUUUCUAUAAUAAUACAAGCAGAUAUUCGUUACAACUGUCUGGUUAGGGUAAUUUUUUCUUGAGUGGGGAUUGAAGGAGAUUGGAUGAGACCAAAUACAAUAAAGUAUAAUGCUCUUAUAAGAAGUGUUGAAUAAAUGACGUGGAAAUAAAAGGUCUCCGUACACAAGUUUGCUUUCUACCUUUGGAAAUGUUAUGGAAAAUUAAAUGAAAACCAACAGGUCAUAUAACUUUGGAGAGCCAAACAAGUGGACCAAUCAAGGAAAAAAACAAACGAAUACAAGUGGAUCAAAACAAGAGAAGAAUCGAUUAUAACUCUCCACCAAUUACUCAAUCAAUGGAAGACUUUCCAAGCCCUAAAAAACAACACAUUUGAAGAUAAUAAUAUAUCAACAAGAUUUCUGCUCAAAAGAAAAUAAUCAGUUUCUACUACAAAUCAAUAACUUAGACUCUAAUAAAAAUUAUUCUCUCUAAACGUUACGAUGCUUCCUUUUAUAUCCCAUAAUCUUAAUAUUUCUCUGCUCAGCCUAAUCCAUAAUUUUCAUCCUCAGAACAAGAAGAAGAGGAAGAGCAUAACCUUAACUCUUCUUCUCUUCUUCUUCUUAAUCUUUAAUUCUUAUUAACAAUGGGUUCCUGCUUCCCUAAACAGCUCGAACGCCGGAAGGCGAUCUCAACGGAGGGGAAAGCACUACGCGAUCUCCACCAAAGCGUUGGUGAGGACUUCCCAGCAUGUGCCUACAGGCCUCCAGACAGGAAAAAUUGGAUGGCGGGAAUCAACCCGAAAAAAGUUCACAUAAACAAAAUUGUAUGGCCGGGAACUCAUGAUUCUGCAACCGACAAGAUUGGAAUUCCAUGCAUCACUAGGCCUUUUGGACAAUGCCAAACAAUGUCUAUAUACAAACAGCUUGUCACAGGCACCAGAGUGCUUGACAUUCGGGUUCAAAAAGAUCGCCGGGUGUGCCACGGAAUUCUUAUCACGUACCACAUUGAUGUUGUGAUCAAGGACAUUAAAAAAUUUCUGUCCGAAACAAAGUCUGAGAUCAUACUCCUUGAAAUCAGGACGGAAUAUGGGCACCAAGACCCUCCUGAUUUCGAUAAGUAUUUGGUGGAUCAGCUCGGAGAGGUCCUUAUCAACCAGGACGACAAUGUGUUCAACAAGACUAUUUCAGAGUUGUUGCCGAAGCGAAUAAUAUGCGUGUGGAAGCCGAGGAAUUCACCUUCCCCUGAGGCAGGGGCGCCUCUGUGGAAUUCUGUCUACUUGAAUGAUGAUUGGAUUGACACGGAUUUGCCAUCAACGAAAUUCGAGAACAAUUUGAAGUGUUUGAGUGAACAACCUCCAAUUUCAUCAAGGAAAUUUUUUUACAGGGUGGAGAACACAGUGACACCUCAGGCUGAUAACCCUAUUGUGUGUGUUAGACCUGUGACCCAACGGAUUCACGAGUUUGCGAGGUUGUUUAUAACGGAGUGCUUCUGUAGGGGUAUUGCAGAUAGGUUGCAAAUCUUCUCUACUGAUUUUAUAGAUGAGGAUUUUGUUGAUGCAUGUGUUGCUGUUACGUACUCAAGAAUUGAUCACGGGAAAGCCUGAUUUUUCAUCUUAGCUUGUGUCAUGUGUAGCUUUGUCUUUGUUGAUGGCAACCUUCUGCAAAUAUUCAACGUGUAAAGUUGUGUAUCCAUACCGUUGACACUUUCGGAUAGACACAAUUGUUGAAACUUUGCCUAUCCAUACCGUUGUGUAUUUACUUCAAAAGGGAAAAUAAAACAAAAUAGUAAUGAUGCUAAAAUGCACAGGCAUUCGUUUAUCCAAUUCCAA